AUGAACUUACCUCCAGUACCUGGGAAAGGAGCCUCUAUGAAACCAGGAAUGGCAGCACGAGAUAAGCAACUAGCUCCUCCGGCGAAAAAACAACAAGUUCAUCGACCCAACAAGAUUGAUCGACCAGAGGUCGACUAUGUCAAUCGUGCUGCUGAGGGAUUUUUGCAAAUUUAUUACGAAUGCAUGGACGGACCACAGAGGGAUGCCAAUAUUGCAGAACUCUACCGUGACACCUCUGUUCUCAUUUGGAACGGCGAAACCGUCAAUGGCGCGCAACAAGUCAGUAAACUCGAGAUUAUUAGCCGACUACCGUUUAAUCCUGUGCACAUAGAUCAAGGAGUUUUAUGCGAAGAUGCCUCAAUCAAAGCACGAGAUACAGAGUUGGGAUUGUCAUCCCGUUCCCGGUACGACGACCUCGGUCAGCCUGAAACGGCCCAUUUGACACCCUUUUAUAAAGGAACUAACCCUACUGCCAUUUUGGUGACUGUCUCUGGGAUCGUGCUUCAUGGCGAGAUGCCGUCCAAGAUGCCGCAGACGAAGAAACACGGCGUGCUCCAUCGAAUCUUUUCUCAGAGCUUUGUGCUCACGCCUGAACCCAAGCCAAUGAUUCAACCAGGCGCGGAGGCUGGCCAAGAGGCUGACAGGUACUUUAUCCGCGCAGAUACGAUGCGAUUCGUAGGCUAG